AUGGACGACGCAACUCCAGAGACUAUCUACGAUCCAGCUAGUCAAGAUACGCAGCAUUCUAAUCAACCAGAGACCUUCCAACCUCCAAAACGGGUUCAGCGGCCCAAAACUUACGUGGAAGGUAUCUCGCUUUACUUCAAGCUCAUGUACAAACGGCGAAACAUGGUCAAAAUGCCAGCCUUCUCGACGGAAUCUUUCCCACUCUUUCUGCACAGCGUGCUUGCCUGUCUCUUUUACAUCAUCACAUUCAGGAGAUCUGCUUGGUACCGCUUGUCCGCGGAGUUUCUACAACAACGCGUUGAGACGACUUUUCCUCUUCUGAAAGCAGCGGUUCAGUCUAUAGCUCAGUCUGGGGGAGACUUUUCGGCGCAAUUAAUGAAGGAUCAAUUCUCGCAGCUGGGAACGCGCUCAAGUCAAGAAUACUACGUCGAUGAAUGGAACGCCAUCGAACUUACGUCUCUGGAUGAACAUUGGACCCACUGCCUUCCUCAAUUCAAGACUACAGGUCUGUGGUAUGCUCUGAGUAUCGCGGGUGUUAUACUUGUGAUAGCUUCUCUAUUUCGUUUUCUUUAUCCCACCUACCGGGGCUUCGAGUGGGUAAACGCGUUAAGUCCUCGACCGAGCGUUGGCAUAUGGUGGGAAAUUGAGUUGAUGGUGAUGCCUUCGGUGUGGCAUGCAAGAUCCGUAUCAGAAAGUCGUGUAUGGUUCCUUUUGGCGGGGUUCUUUUACAUCUUUGGGAUGUCGCAUGCAUCCUACAUCCUGCUCACCUCGGACCGGCACCGCUUGGCUGCCGAAAAAUCCUGGGAGACGCGUAUUGAUGAUUCUUUGAUUUUGGAACAAAAUGCGUGUGAAAAAGAUGAAGCAUUCGAAAUCGACGAUGAUAAUUUGAUGAUAAUGAAGAAGCUCGAAGGAAAAAACGAAGAACCUGGACUCCCAAUCGCCUUUGCCACCUUAUGCUUCAAGUUUCAUACACCCGGACAAGUCACAACUUCGGCAGCCAACGAACAGACAAUGAAUGCGCUUGCUGAGGACGGGGAAGGCGUCAACUUGAAGGAGGAAUUCCACCUAUUGGCGGGAUUGUGCAAUGGAAGCCGCAUGUCAACCCCGUGUGUCAUAUUCACCUCGGACCAUCUUGUCCCCAAUUUUACUGAUCGACCAGGACACACCGAGGGCAAGACAGCAUCGGAGCUUAUGGAAAACGUGUCUAUAGCUAUCCGGCUCUCGAACAAUAUGCAUCCUGCGGGUCAAGGCAUUCGAAGCUGA